AAUGGUUACAGUGUAAUUUCAUGUAGCGUAUACUUGACCACAGUAUCUGAGAUGUUUACUAGUAUAACUGUGAUGUUUACUAGUCUAGGUUCAAACAAUUCUGCACUGUAAGCGUGAUGCUGAAAUAGAAGUGCUUACUAGAAUGGGGACAGUGGAGCCAGCCCCUUGUCAGGGCCCCUCCUGCAUGGAAGCUGGUGGCCCACUGGCAGGCGAGGGCCUGGAGGCCCAGAAAGGCAGAGGCUGGGCCUCAGUCAGUUGGUCUCAACCCAGGUGCAGCCUCCUCUGGUGACAAGAAGUAAAGCCUUCAGCUUGUUCUCUGAUUUGUGCCCCAGGUGGCAGUGACAAAAGAAGAGACUCUUCCGGCUGUGACUUCGGUACAUGGAGAGAAGGAAGAAGACGAUUUCCUAAUUGGUACCAUAUACAUCAGAUGGAUGGUUUCUAGUCUGCUUCCAAACCCCACCUCGGCCGAGUGUUGGGCAGCACUUCUACAUGAUCAUAUGACGCUUGAUAUGGACGCAGUCCUGUCAGACUUUGUUCGGUCCACGGGGGCAGAACCUGGUCUGGCCAGAGACCUGCUGGAAGGCAAAAACUGGGACCUGACAGCUGCUCUGAGUGACUAUGAGCAACUCCGACAGGUGCACACAGCCAACCUGCCGCAUGUGUUCAAUGAAGGGAGGUGUCCCAAGCCGCCUGAGCGAGAGCCACCCCAGCCGGGACAUAAGGUGGAGCGACCCUGCCUGCAGAGACAGGACGACAUUGCCCAAGAAAAGCGACUUUCCCGGGGGAUUUCCCACGCCAGCUCAGCCAUUGUCUCCCUGGCCCGGUCCCACGUGGCGAGUGAAUGCAACAGCGAGCAGUUCCCCCUGGAGAUGCCCAUCUACACAUUCCAGUUGCCCGACCUGAGCGUGUACAGUGAGGACUUCAGGAGCUUCAUCGAGCGGGACCUGAUUGAGCAGGCAACGAUGGUGGCUCUGGAGCAGGCAGGUCGCUUGAACUGGUGGUCUACUGUGUGCACGAGCUGUAAGCGGCUUCUUCCUUUGGCUACGACAGGGGAUGGGAACUGCCUUUUACAUGCUGCCUCACUGGGAAUGUGGGGGUUUCAUGACCGGGACCUGGUAUUACGGAAAGCUCUCUACACCAUGAUGAGGACGGGGGCUGAAAGGGAAGCCCUGAAGCGGAGGUGGAGGUGGCAGCAGACACAGCAGAACAAGGAGUCAGGGCUGGUGUACACAGAGGAGGAGUGGGAGCGAGAGUGGACAGAGCUGUUGAAGCUGGCCUCCAGUGAGCCGCGCACACACUUCAGCAAGAACGGUGGCACAGGCGGGGGCAUGGACAAUGCUGAGGACCCCGUGUACGAGAGCCUAGAGGAGUUCCACGUUUUUGUCUUAGCCCAUAUACUGAGGAGACCUAUCGUGGUGGUGGCAGACACAAUGCUAAGAGACUCAGGUGGAGAAGCAUUUGCCCCAAUCCCAUUUGGAGGGAUCUACCUGCCCUUGGAGGUCCCCCCCAACAGGUGCCACUGCUCACCUCUGGUCCUGGCCUACGAUCAAGCGCAUUUCUCUGCCCUCGUGUCCAUGGAACAGAGAGACCAGCAAAGGGAACAAGCCGUGAUCCCCCUGACCGACUCCGAGCACAAGCUGCUGCCUCUGCACUUUGCAGUGGACCCUGGCAAGGACUGGGAGUGGGGGAAGGAUGACAAUGACAAUGCACGGUUGGCCAACCUCAUCCUGUCGCUAGAGGCCAAGCUGAACCUCCUGCACAGCUACAUGAAUGUGACGUGGAUCCGGAUCCCCUCCGAGACGCGGGCGCCCCUGGCGCAGCCGGAGUCCCCGACGGCCUCGGCGGGGGAGGACGUGCAGUCCCUGGCCGACUCACUGGACUCGGACCGCGACUCGGUGUGCAGCAAUUCCAACAGCAACAACGGCAAGAACGGCAAGGACAAGGACAAGGACAGGCAGCGCAAGGAGAAGGACAAGACGCGCGCGGAUUCCGUGGCCAACAAGCUGGGCAGCUUCAGCAAGACGCUGGGCAUCAAGCUGAAGAAGAACAUGGGCGGCCUGGGCGGCCUGGUGCACGGCAAGAUGGGCCGCGCCGGCGCGGCCGGCGGCAAGAGCGGGGACGCGGCCGAGCGCAAGGACAAGAAGGCCAAGGCGCGCAAGGGCAGCAAGGAGGAGUCGGGCGCGUCGGCCAGCACGUCGCCGUCGGAGAAGACCACGCCGUCGCCCACCGAC